AUGUCUCGAACAUUACCUGUUCAAAACUUGCCUAUUGGGGCCGAUGAAUCCUCAGCGCCCCUUCAACAGGACCAAGAAACUAUUCCCAGAAGCGUCAGAUACCGCCCCGAGAACGAAUGCGAAUACAUCAAUACUGAGAAAUUUAUCCGGGAUUCAAAGUUUCGUGAGGAUCCUCUGUUCUUAAAUAUCCUUUCGGGGAUGGAUGACGUACAAAUCGCCGGCCAAAAACGGGAAAUACUGAAUGGACAUGGGUCGGAACAAGAUGCUGCACAAAGUGGUAAAGAAAUAAUAGAGAACUGGAUUUCACAUGUACAAAGCGAGAGCGAAAAUUUUACAAAGUACGAGUAUGGCAUGAACGAGGAUAUCAACAAUGGAGAUACUAGUCUCAAUGGGUAUGCGGUCAACGCAAGCCUACCCAGCCCAAGAGAGUGCUUCGAACCCAAAAAGGGAGUCGACCUUAGAAUUCAAUCUGCCAUUGAUAUUAUAACAUAUUACACUGAACCUCCCACGUUCGCAACACAAUCCACUUCCGAUGCCAAUGUCGAUGAAAGUUAUUAG